AUGGAUGCAGAGGAGGAAUCCCCCGCCGCCCUGGGAGUGCAGCUCCUGGACAUCAGCUCCAACUCGCCCCCGUCUGAGCCCAAAGGUGCGGAGGAGAAGCCUCCGUAUUCAUACGUGGCUCUCAUCGCCAUGGCCAUCAAGGACAACCACGACAGGAGACAGACGCUCAGCGGGAUUUACGACUACAUCAUCUCCAAGUUCCCCUACUAUGAAAAGAAUAAAAAAGGGUGGCAAAAUAGUAUAAGGCACAAUUUGUCUCUUAAUGAGUGCUUCGUCAAGAUGCCCAGAGAGAACGGAGGGGACAGGAAAGGCAACUAUUGGAUGCUCGACCCUGCAUUUGAGGACAUGUUUGACCAGGGGAACUACCGGCGGCGGAGGAGGGUGAGGAGACCCUACAGAGCCCCGAGCGUGCCUUACCUGACCGGGAACUCCGUGGACUAUCCCGAGCCGCUCUACCUGCAGCCUUAUGUGAGCAGCUCCUGGAGCCUGUCCUCGCCGACUGGAUACCCAACACCUCAGGUCGUCACUGGACACACCCGCAGCAUGUCCCCCAGCGGCCCGGUGAGUUCAUACUGCUCGCCCGGCCACUUCCAUCACCCUCCCUACGGCGCUUACCACCGCCACCCGCCCGUCCUCGUGUCCCACAACGGUUGUCCCUACGGCGGAGUGACCCAGCCGACGAGCCCCGGCAGAGGCACCGCUUCGGUGGCAUGCAGCUACCAGCAGCUCACCACCUAUGCAAGGCAAGCGGAGGCGCCGUUUGCUUAUUCAGUUGACCAGUAG